CAGAGGCAAAUGCAAAAAUAAAGCUGCCACAGCAGGCGAAGCGCAAUACAGAGCUCCGCGUGCUGCCGCCGCUGCGUGCGCUUCAUCGUCCUCUCGACCUCUCCUCUUCUCUCCCCUGCAGCGCACCCUCGCUUUCCCCACCUCCAGUCGGCCAAUCCGCGAACCCUACUCCGCCGCCAUGAGCCGCCAACCUGAGGUGCUGUGGGCUCAGCGCUCCGAGAAGAUUUACUUGACUAUCUCAUUGCCAGAUGCAAAAGAUGUUGUGCUGAAGACUGAACCUAAGGGCCUCUUUACCUUCUCAGCUGUUGCCCAUGGGGAACCUUUUAGCUUCACUUUGGAGCUCUUUGAUUCCGUGCUGCCAGAGGGAAGUAAAACGAAGACAAAGAUGGGCUUGCGAAACAUAAUCUGUUCAAUCCAGAAGGAAAAGAAAGGUUGGUGGAAGCAGUUGCUGAAGUCAGAGGAAAAGCAUCCAUACAUCAAAGUUGACUGGAACAAAUGGUGUGAUGAGGAUGAAGAGUCUGCCUCGGGGGAUUCAGAUGAUGACUUUGAUGGGGCAAAUGAAGGAGAUGAAAGCGGUGAUGAUGAUGGGAUGCUUUAUCUCCCUGACCUUGAAAAGUUAAGGGGCAAGUGACUUGGCUGCUCCAGUGAAGGAAGUAGAUCUGCUGUAACAGGUUACCCUUGACGUGACAGAUAGGCUCUCCAUUAACGUAGUUGCUGUUACCUGCAAAGCAUCUGCGAUGGCACCAGACUUUUGGCAUGAUCCUUGCUUCGCAUGUCUUUUAUCUCCCGGGUAUCUUUCCUGACAAGUGAACUUGUGCUCUGAAUGUAGCUAUGAGCUGUCUAGUUUCCGACUAACUCCUAACGCCAGUGAAUUGACCUAAUUCAACUACGACAAUGCGACCAGAUCUUAUGGAAUCAUGACAUCUUGGUAUGGAUUACCAUUGGCAGGCAGGGUGGUUUGAUGUACUUGUCACUCUGUUUAUAUGCCAUUGGAUUGCAGUGAGAGCAUGAGUUGUUUGCUUUCCACUGCUCUCGGUCAGAGGUUCAGAAUUCCUGCCUGAGAGCCUGACUCGCUAGGUGUUUCGAGCACUAUAUAUGCAGUGCUCCAUGUGAUGUUUUCUCGAAACUGUUGCACAUUUUCAUGUUUCAGAUCGGGAGCAUUAGCAGUUGCACAUCAGGAUUGCUUUUCUUGUAACAUCAAGAUUUAGAUGUCACGCUGGUUCUAAGCUUGCUUGAUGCUUGUUAUCGUUGUAAUGUAAUGUCGACGGCAUUGAAACA